UAAAGCUUCUCCUCCCCUUUGUCAUGCUUGAGUUGACUUCCAACUUCACUGAGAUCGAUCACAAAUAGAGCAUCAUUCCCGAGGAAGUGAGACACAUAUAGUAACAGGAAGCCUCUCCAAAGAAAGUGAUGUCAUAUCAAACAGAAGCAAUGACUUCCCAGCCUCAAAUGACUGUAACCAGCUACACUGUCUCACACUGGAGCUCUGAUGUCUGUGACUGUUGUGACGACUGCGGAAUCUGUCUGUGUGGGGCGUUUAUUCCUUGCAUUUUGGGUUGUAAGGUGGCACAGGAUAAUGGUGACAGCUGCUGUUUGCCCUUCCUACCCGGUGCUAUGAUUGCAUUGAGAACCAGCAUCCGUGACAGAUAUCGUAUUAAUGGCUCUGUCUGUGAUGACUGGGUGAUUAUGACCUGCUGUCCUUUCUGUGGACUCUGUCAGAUGGCUCGAGAACAGAAGGCAAGAGGCUAAUUUGAAAAGAAAAUGAAGAGGAGAGAAUGGCUAAUUUCAAAAAUGCCUCGAUGGCUGGAAUUGUUUUCGUCGUCUUCUUUUUUGUUUUAUUCAAAAAUAUCAAUGCUUUAUGUUAUCCUUCAACUAUAUGUAUGUAAAAUCAUGUUACUAAUAGGUUUUACAUUAUGAAUCAACUCCUAUUUUUUUGCCUUAGUUUAAUGGGUUGUCAUUUCACAGUUAAAUAUCUUCCAACUGCCGACCCCAAAUUAGGGCUAUAUAUAUAUAUAAUGAUGGUGAUGAUGAUAUGAUGUGAUUAUGAUUAUUAUAUAUAUUUUGUUUAAAGAAAGUAUUCAAGAUUUCUCUGAAUAAUGAAUCAAAACAAUUGGAUCAGGCAUUGUGGCCCAUUGUCUGAUCUUAUUUGCGUUGGCUUGAAACCUUUUUGGUUCCUCUUUCUAUUCCUGUGAGGGGAAUGUCCUGUUUAAAAGAGAGAGAACGCCUAUCAUAGUCUUGCAAAAUUAUCAGGGACGAUUUCAUGAAGGUAAGCUAUUGAAUCAUGUUGGCGCUUAAAUCUAGAGACUGUUUUUAAACAGAAUAGUCAAUGUAAUGAAAUGAAUUAAUGAAAGAUAGGAUUUCAGGCUAUAUAGAUUUGCUCACUGGUUUCAAAUUAGUGAAUCUGAGAUUACCUGUUAACACUAGAAAGCAUAAUGUGACAUAUCUGUCUACUUUGUUCACAGUGACAGGUUUUAUGCCUUUGUACAUGUAUGUCAGUAUUGGGAAGAUACAUUUUUAAUGUAAAUAGAAUAAAAGGGAAAAGGGGUCUGAGAAGUGGGAAAUUGGCAGUUGAGACAGGUCAUGUGAGAGUACAUUAGAGAAGUUUGUUUCUGAGUUUUGUAAUUGUGGGAUGUUUUUGUAUCUGUUGCCCUGCAUGUAUUCAUAUAAACUGGAUAC